GAAAUUCAGAUACGAAUAGCGCUGUCUAGUAUUUAAUCAAAGCGCAGAUAUUUGCUUACGAUACGCAAGAUGCAGACGCAAUGGCCUGUGAUCGAUUAUAUCGGUAUGGUUGAAGAAAUCAACGCCGCAUAUAAGCUCUCGAGUGAUACACAACAAGCAGCUAUCUGCUAUCAGAAAUGUAAUGAUUUACUUUUUCAAAUCAAGGACCAUGGAUAUAUUUUCAUCGCUCAUACACAUCUCAUUCUCGCCCUCCUAGCCUCCUCCAAAGAUUCGAUGCCCAUCAAACAACACAUCCAGAUUGCUCUCCUCCAAACCCGUAAUCUUCUUUCCCUCCACGAAAACGCCUGCAGAAUCAAUAUUUACGACCCCCUUGAUUGCACCCAUCCAUUGUCUCUCGACAAACCCUACGCCGAUAUAAAACUCAUAACUGAAUACCAUUCCUUCAUUCUCGCUCUCCAAAAAGAACACUCCGACAUGUUCUCCGCACAGAGCUGGAAGUCUUGGGACACGGAAUUCAUGGCGAUAGGUAAAGGAGUUGAUGCAUAUCGAUGCGAGGAUUAUGAAAUGGAAGUCAAGAGCGAAGAAACGGGACUCUAUGAGAUGCUGCCUUUUCAUUCGCCAAUAUUGCCGGAGAUUGAGAAGACAGAGGAUGAAAUUGCGAGUGAGAAAUGGGAGAGGGGUGCUAGGUGGUGGAGAUAUAUGAAUAGAGAGUUGGCAAAGGGAUAUUCGGGAGCGGAUGUUCGUCUUUUGGGGGGAGCACACCUUGCCCCGUUUUUUUGGGUGGGGAUCUUUGGAUUUUGGGAUAGUAUUGAGAAGGUUGUUUUGGGUGGGUUUAGAGGGUAUGGGGGAUUGAGUGGAGAGGGGGUGGGAUGGUGUAGUGAGGGGGAUACUGAAGGGGAGAGUGGUAGGCGGGUGGAUAAGGAUAGUGAGAGAUUGGAGAGAACUUUUGAUCGCGUCCAUCUCACUGGGUAUUGUAAGACCAUGCUGCCUUAUCCUCCGAAGAUUUUCGAUUAUAGGGAUUGUGUGUGUGUGCAGCAUACGGAGGUUUAUAGCAAUUGUUCUGAGAGAGAUAGAGCGAUAGCAGAUGCAGAGCUGAAGUUCCAGGGGUAUGCUAGCACGAGUGGAUGUGGAUAUCAGUGGGAUUUCUGAAGCAAUUUGAGGCCGAGUUUAGAGAGUUGUCUGGUUGAGUGCUGGAUAUGAUUGUGGGUGAUGAGAUAUUCGGAAAUGUAGAUUCGUGGAAUACACAUUGUGAUGCUGGAUUUAUAAGAUAAUAUUUCCACAAUGAAAAGAGUAAAAUUCA